UAAAUGUGAAUGUAUUUUCAUAAUAUUUAUCAAAUUAUAUGUUGAUAUUUUUUAAAAAAAUAUCAGAAAAUAAAGCGAUGAUCAAUAUGAAGUUACAUAUAUAAGUAACUAAUACAUUUUUGGAAACUCAUGAACACAUAUCAAUAUUUACAAUAAUUAAACUAAAAUUUAUUUUAAAUAAUCUCAAAAAUGAGAAUUCAUAUUUUCUUUGGUAUUUUAAGUAUAGUCAUAUUAAGUUCCACAAACAUAAAAACAUAAACUUAAAAAAAAAAUAUAAUAUUAUGAAAACAAAUAAUUUUAAUAAUGAUAAAAAAAUAUAAUAUAAUUACCUCGUUAAAGUAUAUAGUGUUAUGUUAUUUCAAAGUAUUUUAUAAUUAUUUGAUCAAAAGAUGUUUAUUGUUAAUUUGUUUUUUUAAUAUUUCUUAAAAAUAAGCAGUUUAAAAAUAUUGUGUGAUUGUAUUUUAAAAAUCAUAUUAUAUAAGUACAAAUAUAAUUUAUAGAUUUUUUUUGCUGUAAUUGAAAGAUAUUAUACUCAACUAAAUAUAUAAAAAAUAAAUAAAACAUUUUAAUACUACUAAUUAUAAACUAUUUUUAGUCAAUUAAACAUAUAUCAGUUUAUGUUACAUAAUUAUUUUAUGUAAUCAUCUAAGAAAAUAUAUAGAUAUAUAAAAAAUAUUUCUAUUACUUUGAAAAUAUAUAUUUUUGUAUUGUUUAAAUUUAUGUAUAUAUGAUAGUAUAUAUAUAUAUAUAUGAUAAUAGUUGAAAGGGUUGAGUUAGUCGUUUAAAUAACCACAUUAAAUCAUGUAAAGUUAUUUUCUCGAUACUAUAAUAAUAUAUAGCAAAUAUGUAUAACAAAGAGGAAACAAACUAUAAAAAGAAAAAAAAAUAGUUUGCAAACGAAAGACAUGGAUAUUGGUCAAAUUAAAAAUUAUCAUUUAUAUAUUCAAAUUAAUCAAAUUAUGUUUUGUAUAUAGUUAAAUUGGGUUUUAUGGUUGAUAGGCGUCCGCACAACAUUUAAACUGGUUUGGACGGUUUAAUGUAAAUCUAAGUUUUAUUACAAUUCGGAUUUGGUUAAUUAAAAGUCUCAUUGUUGGUCCGGUCUAACAAACCGAACCAGUUCGAUUUUUAAAACAUUAUUUUAAUUAUCGUUUUUAUCUAUUUUGAAUUAGAUUCCACAAAAGAACAAAUCCCGCUUUCAAAACGCAGAUAAAAUCUUAUAGUUAUUAUGAUUACGAGUUUUAUAAAAUAUUGGUAAAUCGUAAUCCCUGGUCAUAUCAAGUUCAUCAACUGGAUAUACGCUACGGUCACGACUAUCUUAAUAUGCAUUAUCCUUAUCCAAAAACACAAUUUGCGCGCCACAUGUACAUAUAAUACAAAACAGUUUUUAAGAAAAAAAAAUACAAAACAGUUGAAUCCUGAAGCGUGAAAUAUGAACCGUGCAUUAAAUAAAAGAAAUUCAAAACCACCAAAAGUUUCUGAUCUGACGGUUAAUUCUUAACUGUGAUUUAACGUAAUUAAAAAGUCUUAAAAUCCCAAGGUUUAUUCCUCCAACUAAGUCCCGAUAUUUGCUGUAACCAUAUGGAAUGGAACUAGUUGUCAAAGAAAGCUUUUAUUUAAAAAAGAAACAACUCGCAACAAGAAUUGGUUUAAUUUACAAUAAUCAAAUUAAUAUGUACCUAGGAGGCUAGGACUUAUCGUUUCUUCUCUCUACCAUCCAUGAUUCCGUGAGAGAUCUUAUUCCGUUUUACAGUUACUGUAAGUCUGCAAAGAUUAAGUAAUUGCACGAUCUCCCAUUUGUUUUUAUUCUACGUUUUCUAUUUUCCAUUUUUGGUUACCUUUGUUUUGUUCUUCUCUUUCGUUUGUGGUUCUCACGCUCUUAUGAUAAUUAAUUCAACAAUGAAACUACAAUGUUUGUCCCAGCGCCGGCACUGACCACAAUUGUCAUUAGUAUUGGUACUUGUGAUUAAGUGGUGUUCGAUAUUUCAAAGUUUUUUUUUCUCUCACAUGAACAAAGAUCAUUAACUCUGUCUGAUUUGUGUUAAACGCAUUUACUUCUCACAAUCAUUUUCAUUUACAGAAGCACAUUGUCGAAGAGAAACGCUUAAGGCAUAUGAACACAUGAUCGAGGAAAUUCACAAACAGAUACAUUAAAAGGUUAAACAUCUAAUUUUUUUGGUUUGUUCGUUACCGUUAAUCUUAAUAUAAGAACACUUCUCCUUAUUGCUUUCAGGUAAUCCAUUUUCUAGUUUUCUGAAUCGCUGUUAUUCUUCGAUAGAGUUUAAAUUAUUGAAAGAAAGACUGUUUUUAGGGAAGAUUUUUGCAACAUAUAUAUAUUUUUUUUGAGUUUGCCAGUUUGUUCCUUAAUAAUAUUCAAAAACAUUUUGUCCAGAAAAAAAAAAAAUACAAAAACCCAAAAGACUCGGAUAACAUACUAGUGGUUUACGAUAAAAAUGAACAGUUUUUGAGUUGUUUUAAAUAAAGAGAAGAGUGGAUGUUAAAAUGCUUUUUCUGAAAGUAAAUGGGAACUGUACUUUUCGAGGUCAAAUGUUGUUUUGAACGUACAAGCAUGACUUAGAUCUAGCCUCGUUGUUUUUAUCCAUAACGUUGUCUGUUAUCAUUGACUUACAACGUAAAUCCCAUUUUUGUACCAAUAUUAACAUGUGCGGUUUUGAGCGAGUCUCACUCUUCUCCUUUUUUUGGUCUCAACUUGUCGUUAUGUUACUUUUGAUUCAUCCAUCCAUAUAAGUGUUUCACUAAAAUUUUGUGGAAAAAAUGAUGAAUUUUUGUAUGAUUUGCUUUGAAGAAGAAGUGAUAAGACGAUAUUAUUGGAGAUGAAUUUCACAGAAUCGAUGAACGUUGUGCACAGCAGAAUCCAACAACUUGAACCUGAAAAUGCAUCAAAAAUCAUCGGUUAUCUCUUGAUGCAAGACCAUGGGGACCUUGACAUGAUCCGUCUCGCCUUCUGUCCAGAUUCUGUGAUGCAUUCCAUGAUCAACUUCGUGAAAUACGAAUUAGCUAAAGAUCCUCGUUACAACAGCCCUCCUUCUGAUCACGCUCCUACGCUUAGUUUCGGAUCAUUCACUGGUUCAUCUAUCCAGCCUCCCUCCGUUUCGGUUUCUCCUCCUCUGAGAACCGGUUAUUGGGAGAACUCAACCGAGGUGGAUUCGUUGCAUAGCAAUGUUCAGUUCUUGAACUUUGAGGAUUCUAUGACGAGCACUGAGUUCUCUAAUGGCUUCUUCUCUCGAGAUCAUCAAUGCUUGCCUUUAAGAACAAGCAGGAGAUCACCAAGUUUACCCGAGUUUCCAGUAAAAAUAUGUCAUUACUUCAACAAAGGGUACUGCAAACAUGGCAACAACUGCCGGUAUUUCCACGGGCAGAUCAUACCGGAGAGAGAGGGUUUCUCUCAGAUGUUUAAUCCAAACAACAUAAGUGAUGAAGAACAUGUUGUUUCUCCCGGAUCACUUGAGAAACUAGAAGGAGAGAUCAUCGAGCUGCUCAAAUCGAGAAGAGGCGCUCCCAUUUCCAUUGCUUCAUUGCCAGUGAUGUACUAUGAAAAAUACGCAAGGACCCUUCAAGCUGAAGGAUAUCUCACAGAGUCACAAAGACAUGGCAAAGCUGGCUAUAGCCUCACCAAGCUUCUUGCUCGCUUGAACAACACCAUCCGCCUCAUCGACAGGCCUCAUGGUCAGCAUUCGGUUAUAUUAGCAGAAGAUGUAUCGAAGUUUGUGGAAUACAUGGGAGAGAGAAACGAACAUGGAGCCAUCCUUGCCGGUUCCAGGCAGAUUUACUUGACCUUUCCAGCAGAGAGUAGUUUCACUGAACAUGAUGUCUCAAACUACUUCUCCAAAUUCGGACUUGUUGAAGAUGUGAGGAUUCCUUGUCAACAGAAGAGAAUGUUUGGAUUUGUAACAUUUGUUUACACAGAAAGCGUCAAACACAUUCUCGCUAAAGGCAAUCCUCAUUUCAUAUGCGGGGCCCGUGUUCUCGUCAAGCCUUACCGGGAAAAAUCACGCUCUAGUCGAUACCUUGACAACAACAAGCCUCUUCACAGGAUGCGGUAUGGCUCUCAAUACAUUGACAGAGACUUGGAGAUGAACACAUUACCACCACGAGUUAGCGAGAGCUCAAGACUAAUGAGGAAUCAGUUUCUUGAGGAACAUGAGCAAUCAGUUUCGAAGUCUUUACCUACCAAUUACUCUUAUCUUGGCUUCUCCCAGGACUUCAGGAUAACAUCAGAUGCGGAGCAAGAGGAACAAGUAGGACGGUUGAGCUAUCUGUUGGACUAUUUGAACACUGAAGAAAAUGUCAUGAACAUAACCACAAACUACAAAGACACUGACCGGAGAAUCCAUUGUGAUCCUUUGGACAACCAAGUCUUGAACCUACCAGAGAGUCCUUUUUCUUCCCUUUCUGGGAAGGAGAUUUCGACAGUUACCUAGAGAUGAAGAGAUUAAUAUCUAACCAAAAGGGAGAAGAAGAUAGGAACAUAAAGGUUAGAGGAAAUUCCCAAAUAUCUAAUAAUCAUCAAUCCGCAAAAAGAGUCUUCUUUAUAUUCUUCUUGCCCGGAAACCUUAGCAUCAUUAGCAAUAACGCCUAAGAGAUAAAAAAAAAGAGAGGUGACAGAAACUUUCUUUUACUACAGCAUGAGCCAAGCAGAGACAUAAAAGUACAGGGGUUACAUUAAUAAUUGAAAUCUUUCAGAAGGUUUACUUAUCUGUUUUCACUCUCUCUUAUCAACUUUAUGAUGCUGAUAGAUCAUAUCUCAUUGUAACAUAUGACAAUCAUUCUAGUUUUAAAAACCAAGGUUUAAUGUA